CAUUACUUAACAAUGACGCUUCUACACUACACGUGUGGGGACAGGCAGCCACAGUUGACUCUAUCACGUGUACUUGUCCUACGCCACGUGGAUGGAUCCAUUUGUCUGUGUCAAAGACAAUAGACUUGUCACCACGCAAGACCUAUUGGGCUCUCCGUAAAUUUCUUGACUCAUCUAUAAAAGGGACGACACCAUUAAGACUCGAGAAAGAAAAAAAGACAAGAACAAAAACAAAAACAAAAAAUGAUGAAGUGUUUGAUCUGUCUCUCUCUUAUCCUCCUCCCUCUCAUCUCCGUCGUGGAAGGUAAUCUUGGUGGCUUAGGUAAUCUCGGUGGCUGGAAGCCGAUUGAUUUAUCUGAUCUGAACAUCCAAUCGCUCGCCAACUAUGCGAUUAUUGAGCAUAACAUGCAAUCUAAGGCGAACCUUGUGUUCGUGAAGAUCGUCGAGGGGAAGGAGCAAGUGGUUACCGGAAAGAGGUACGAUCUGACCAUCGCGGCGAAGGAUGGCAGUGGCGCCACAAAGAACUACGAGGCCAUCGUGGUGGAAAGACCGUGGGAUCAUUACAAGAGCCUUGAGUCAUUCAAGGCCUUAUAGAUUAGAAUCGAUAUAUUAUAAUAUUUUGAAGGUUUGAUAACUUGAUAAUUUGAGAUUUUGAUAUUAUGUUUAUUGUUUUUUGGAAUAAAAUCUAAAGCAUAGAUAUGUCUCUUAUUUGAUGAGAUUCAGUAUAAGAUCUUUGCGCGUUACU